UGAGAACUGAGAAGCAGUUCAAAUAUACCUGCUGCGAUUUACGACUUCAAAAUAAAGCUGUGAAAUUUCUUCAAGACUUCAACCAGAAUUUCGCUUCAGACGAGACUUAAAUAAGUGUCGUGAUGCUCGUCAAAUUUUGUCUCAUUCUUUGCGGUUUGUUCUUCCUGGAAGUUCAAUCAUCAGGAGGAAAACCUAAGAUAGUUGACAAAUCAACUGCUACUUACUCGGCGAAAGUUGGGGAAAGAAUUCGUUUAAAAUGCGAUUUCCACCGCUGGGAGACUGGUUGGCAAAUGACGUGGUACAAAGAUGGCGAGGUUAUUUCGAUUCGAAGAAAGUCGAGGUUUAGAAUGCGUAAUGGGGUGACGAGCAUGCUGAGAAUCAAGAACGUACGAAUCCGCGACGCUGGAAUAUACCAGUGUGUGGCUAGAAACAAAUACGGCACAGAAAGUAAACAACUGAAUCUAACAGUCACAGGUCAGUUAAAGCCGCGUGGUGUACCCGGACAAGGUUCACCGUGGUUUGCAAAGCUGAGGCCUGUGAGGCAGUACAUCGCCUGGCCAGCGUCGAAUGAUCUGAGAUUACGCUGUGCGGCUGAUGGAGAACCUCCCUUGAAAUAUCAGUGGCUGAAGGACGGCAAAGUCCUGACAUAUCGUGGCUUGGAUCCAAAGGUUGACGGUACGAAGUAGUAUUUGAUGAUCAAAACAGCCGUUAUAUCUGACAAUGGCGUGUACAAAUGUAUCGUGUC